AUGAAUCAGACACUUUUAUAUAAUGACUUUGAACAAAAUGAAGGACAGGAUACUCUUGUUUCAGAAUCUAUGAACAACGGGCCUAAUGAUAGCGAAUAUACUGGACUUGAAACCAUUGUUCCCGAAUCCAUUAAUAACGUUGCUAUUGAUCAUUCCAAUGGGUUAAAACAAAACAAUGACACUCAAAUGGAUCAAUCGUCCUUAAAUGCUCGAGCCAAUUAUAAUAUUCCCUGUAAUUGUAAAUACGCUUGUAAUAGCGCAUCUCCAGUAAUUUAUGAAAAUACACAAGCCACAACCAUGCAGCAACAUAUGCCCCUUGUAGAUAAUGCUUCAACUUCACGAUAUUUAAAAAACGACACUCCUUUGGCACGAUAUAUCAAUGAUGAAGAUGGUUCUUUCGUCACGCAACACUCUCCUCCUCCACACUUUACCCCCAUACAACAACAACAUACCUAUAAUAAUGGUAAUGGAUAUACAACUCAAGAUAAUCUUGAACAUCGGUCUAGUGAGAGUCAUGUUUCAACUACGCAAUAUGCUCCACCGCGUUCAUCCAACAUCAAUUGUCAUGAACUCUUUAGACUUGAAAUUUCCGGGAUGGAAAUUAUUUUUAGACAGAAACCUUUGACAAAUUUGAAUCAAAGUUUAGAAAUGCGAAAUGACAAACUACAAAGGCGACAACAGAAUGAACAACCCAACGGAAGAAUUCAAAAUAGGAUGCAUCCUUUUCAUCUGCCUUUUGAACAAAAUCGUAGGCCUAACAUGGUUAAUAAUAGAAAUCAUGCCGUUAUUAAUUCUUCUCCUCGACAACAAUAUCUCUCUCAUCCUUGUCCUCAUUCUUGUUUUCCCACGGUAACGACACCACGAUUAAAUCGACAGCAAUAUUAUGUUUCUGACGUUGACGGAACUUCUUCGAACGGAAAUUUUGUAAACGCUAUUAAUAUUCAUAAUGUUAAUAAUCAAUUUACAGACGAUGACUCGCAGCUUCAAUUCCAAUGA